AUGGGUAAAAAGAAUUACAAAGGGAAUGGCGCUUUAAAAGGGAAGAGAUCUACAGAUUCUCCAGAGAAGAAGAGCUCGGCGGCUAACUCUGGAAAAACCAACGCGACAGCCACAGGAGGAAAGCGGGUGGGCAAGGAUACCAAGAAAGACCAGAACAGUUCACAGGUGACUACUCCUAUUAACUAUGCUGAAUCAAUGAGCCAAGCCGAGCGUAUAAUCACUGAAACGACUGAAAUCACAGGAGGUCACGAGUUUGUUUUCAAGGAGUUUCGCAAGGGGAUUCCUUGUUAUCGAAGUAUAGACGAUGCAAAGAACAGCCCGGGCGUCGCAAAUGUUCAACUACAGCAACUAUUCGCCCUCGAUAAGUCCAAGCUGUCCUUGCAAGCAGCCCGAAAGAACCCGAUGGAAUCUCAGGCUCGCAAGUAUGAACCGUCGCAAAAGCAGGGAGGAAACGAACAAACGCGAGAAACUUCACCUGGUCUAGCCACAAGUACACGUCCCAGCACGCAGGCAACUCCGACCAGCACUCUCGAGAGCUCCUGGUCCGGUUGGUUCGCUGCAUGUAGCAGGCCUGGGCAUACUUUAGACGAAGACCGAAUUGCGUAUAAAAGCUCGGGGUCACGUGACAACAAGGAAACUGCUGAAUAUUCGAGGAUGGUGUCCCAAAAAAUCGCCAAACUUCUCAAAAGUUGCGGGGACAGCAUAAUACUGACCAACUGCGUACAGCCAGUGUGGAAUGAGACCCCGGUUUGCUGCUUGCACGCUUCACAGUCUUGA